AUGAUUACUAAAUGUUCUUUAUUUACAGUAACCAAAUCUAGGGUAAAGGCAUUCUAUUCAACUAAUAAAAAAUUUAAUAAUAGUGACUUUAAAAAUACUAAUAUUGAAAGAGAUAAAUUACCAAUUCUUAAUAGUUCUCAAAUCAUUAAUGGCAAUAAAGCAAGAUUGAUUAAGAAUCUGUCGAAAUCUCAACAAAAAGAAAAUUAUAUAUCUAACAAAAUAGCUAAAGUCCGUGAAAUUUUUGGAGAUGACAAUAAAUAUCCGGACUAUUUGUCUUACAAUUUACCUCAAAACGGUUCUUCUUUAUUCCAUAAUGGUUUGCCUCCAAUCAAAUCACCUCAACGGGCCAAAAGACUGUCAGUUACAUCUUUGUUAACCAAAUCGUGGUGUGAAAUUAAAUUUGCUUACGAUAUCUAUUCACAAAUCCCAAGAUUUAUCACACCAGAGUUGUCGCUGGGCUUAAAACAACAUUCUCAUUUAGAGUUGAUAACACAUCCGCCUAAUAAAAGUCUAUUGCAAUUUGAGAGUCAAUGGAGUGUACCUGAGGAGAAAUUGAUUGAUCAGUGGAUUCAAACCAUAUAUAGAUUGGUAUCUUUAUUUAUUUAUGGAGAAGCUAGAGAAAUUCCCUGUUUUGCAUAUAUUGAUUCGAAAGAUGAUAAAUUUUCAUUUAUUGGUGAUUCACAAUCUUCUAAAUACAAAGAAUAUUUUGAGAGAAUCAAUUCAAUUGAUUUUGAAGACUACUAUAAUAAAAACAAAAAGAGUCAAUAUAUUCUUUUGAGCGGUAUAAUUGAUCAUUUAAAAUUAAAAUCAACUGUAAAUAAUCAAAAAGAAGGUCGAUCUUUACAUGCUUUGUCAGUGUUGCAAAAUCCACAUUAUGAUGUGCAACUGUUAUUUAAUGAUAUUAAACAAAUAAUAUCUAUGAAAAAAUUGAGUAUUGAAGUAUGUGAUGUUAAAACUAGACAAACAUUCAGUAUGCCAAAACAAAACUCUGUUAUAAAUUCAUCAAAAAUUCAGGUAAUGUAUUACAUGAAGUUUCUGCUAAGUAUGAGUAAGGAUGCAUCUACUACUUAUCAAGGUUUGUUAUUAAAUGCUUUUGAAAGGGGUUAUAAUAUUGAUGAACCUAUACAUCCAUUAAAAAUAUUUAGUUUGAUAUUGCAAAAUCCAUUUCUGAUUUCUGAUGUGAACAAAUUAAAACAAGGUGAGAAUAUUGGAUUUCCACAGUUCGAUAAUUAUAUAAAACAAAAUAAUACUACUAAGAUGGAUUUGUCCAUGUAUAAAGAUAAAUUUGACAGGUCAUUAUUAAAUGAACUGGAUUCGUUAUGUGAUGUCUGGGAAUUUCCAUUAACCAUACGGUAUUUAGCUGUAAGACUAUCCCAGCUAUAUUAUUUUUUAGGUCAGAUUAUUUCAAAAAACUUAUUAAUAGAAUAUUAUUGCAGAGGCGUUAAUUUUGAAAACCUUCUCUUUGAAUAUGAUGAAGCAAUCUUAAUGAUACAUCAUAUAAACUCCCUAAGAUUUUGGUUUGGGAAACGUGAUAUUGAAACAUUUCAACCUAAUAUCUAUAAUUUUUCUACUUUUUGUAAAAGCUGUGAUUAUUAUAAUGUUUGUUCUUGGAAGAAAAGGGGAAAAGAAUUGUGUAAGGAACUAGGUAACACGCUUUCCUCUUUAAAUGGUGAUGUUUAA